UAUAAACUAAUAUGUGAUUAUGCAGGAUUAUAUAAAGGAAACCGCUGAGCAAUAAUACUAUAAACUAAGAUACUCUUCAGGCACUGCUUGUGCCUGGGGGUCUGGACAGUUCUCCUUCCUCGGUGCCCAUGGGGGGUGUUACCCAUGGGCACCGAGGAAGGAGAGAAACAUGGGAAGAUUACUGGUUAAUAUUAUUUUAUCAAAAGGUAGAAUAAAGGACAGCAGGGCAAGAUAAUUAACUAUAUUGGCAAGAGAGUGAUUCACUUGACCCUUGGGAUCUUAUUUGGAUAGAAAUGAAAAAUGAAGACAGGAUAAGACUGAUAAGUAAAAAUAAUAGGGGUGAAGACACUGUGAGAUUGUGAAAACUAUAAGAAAUUGAGAUUUUUGGAAGGCUACAUGGGGUUAGACACUAGCUCUUUGGAAGGAGGACAGUUUCGAGUAUGGCUGUGAAAGGAGUAGCUAAAGUCUUGGAGGUGUAGACUACUGGAGAUAAGGAGCAAAGGAACUGAGAGAGGCUAGUUUGUUGAAUGGGCUAAGGGCUGAAAUUAACCCAGGAUGAGGAAAAUGCAUGCUCUGAGGAAAUCUCUUCUACAGUCCUGUAUAGCAAGUUCACAGUGUUAUUAGUAGGUAUAAUUCCUUUUUUUUUUUAAGAUGGCAGAAAGUUGUAUAAAAAAUAUUGGCCUGCUUUUCAUCCAUCAUGAAUAUUUUUAAUCCUUAAAGAGUAAGCUCUACCCCAAGUUCUAGGCUCAGUAUGUGGCGCCUCCCCCAUAUGCUGUGUGUGCACACUGCAAAGGCCAACAAGCUCCCUGAUCCUUGGAGCAGGCCUGCCGCCUUCAUGUCCACUCUCCUGAUCAAUCAGCCCCAGUAUGCGUGGCUGAAAGAGCUGGGCCUCCGAGAGGAAAAUGAGGGUGUGUAUAAUGGAAGCUGGGGAGGCUGGGGAGAGGUGAUUAUCACUUACUGUCCUGCUAACAACGAGCCUGUAGCAAGAGUCCGUCAGGCCAGUGUUGCAGACUAUGAAGACACUGUAAAAGCAAGAGAAGCAUGGAAAAUCUGGGCAGAUAUUCCUGCUCCAGAACAAGGAGAAAUAGUAAGACAGAUUGGCGAUGACUUGCGGGAGAUCCAAGUACUAGGAAGCUUGGUGUCUUUGGAGAUGGGGAAAAUCUUAGUGGAAGGUGUGGGAGUAGUUCAGGAGUAUGUGGAUAUCUGUGACUAUGCUGUUGGUUUAUCACGGAUGAUUGGAGGACCUAUCUUGCCUUCUGAAAGACCUUGCCAUGCACUGAUUGAGCAGUGGAAUCCUGUAGGCCUGGUUGGAAUCAUCCCUGCAUUCAGUUUCCCUGUGGCAGCGUAUGGCUGGAACAACACCAUCGCCUUGAUCUGUGGAAAUGUCUGCCUCUGGAAAGGAGCUCCAAUAACUUCCCUGAUUAGUGUGGCUGUCACAAAGAUAAUAGCCAAGGUUCUGGAGGACAACAGGCUGCCUGGUGCAGUUUGUUCCUUGACUUGUGGAGCAGAUAGUGGCACAGCAAUGGCCAAAGAUGAACGAGUGAACCUGCUGUCCUUCACUGGGAGCACUCAGGUGGGAAAACAGGUGGCUCUGAUGGUGCAGGAGAGGUUUGGGAGAAGUUUGUUGGAACUUGGAGGAAAUAAUGCCAUUAUUGCCUUUGAAGAUGCAGACCUCAACUUAGUUGUUCCAUCAGCUCUCUUCGCUGCUGUGGGAACAGCUGGCCAGAGGUGUACCACUGCGAGGUAACUGUUUGUGCAUGAAAGCAUCCAUGAUGAGGUUGUAAACAGACUUAAAAAGGCCUAUGCACAGAUCCAAGUUGGGAACCCAUGGGACUCUAAUGUUCUCUGUGGGCCACUCCACACUAAGCAGGCAGUGAGCAUGUUUCUUGGAGCAGUGGAAGAAGCAAAGAAAGAAGGUGGCACAGUGGUCUAUGAGGACAAGGUUAUGGAUCGCCCUGGAAAUUAUGUAGAACCGACAAUUGUGACAGGUCUUGGCCACAAUGCAUCCAUUGCACACACACAGACUUUUGCUCCGAUUCUUUAUGUCUUUAAAUUCAACAAUGAAGAAGAGGUCUUUGCAUGGAAUAAUGAAGUAAAACAGGGACUUUCAAGUAGCAUCUUUACCAAAGAUCUGGGCAGAAUCUUGCACUGGCUCAGACCUAAAGGAUCAGACUGUGGCAUUGUAAACGUCAACAUUCCAACAAGUGGGGCUGAGAUUGGAGGUGCCUUUGGAGGAGAAAAGCACACUGGUGGUGGCAGGGAGUCUAGCAGUGAUGCCUGGAAACAGUACAUGAGAAGGUCUACUUGUACUAUCAGCUACAGUAAGGACCUUCCUUUGGCCCAAGGAAUCAAGUUUCAGUAAAGGUGUUUUAGAUGAACAUUGCUUAAUUUGAGGUGUUCCAGCAGCUGUUUUUGAAGAAGACAAAGAAAAUUAAAGUUUUCCCUGAAUAAGUGCGUCAUUAUGACUGUGACAUUGACUAAUCCCCCAUGACCCCAAAGCCCUGAUUAAAAAUCAAGAGACUCAUUUUUAAAAAAUCAAAAUAAAAUUGUUACAACAUAGCUAUAUUUACU